CUCGGGAUGGCUAUUUUGGUUGUCCAUGAAACACGUGGCGGCGCGCCCGCGUGGCGUCUACCUCAGUCCGUACCUCACCUGCGCGCAGUGCAACGCGCUCAACGUUGUCAACGCGUACCGCCUCGGGCCGGCCACGACCCUUGGGCGACGCGGCCUCGGCCUCGGACGGGAGGUCCUCCCCGAGUGCGUGGGCUGUGGGCGCACGCUGGCCUUGCACGUUGGCGCGACCAACCACGCGCCGGCCCUCGCGUCCGAAGCCGCCGCCUUUCACCACGCCCAGCACAUUCGUGCCGCGGCCGGCUUGACGCUGCAGCGCAUCGUCCGCGGCGGCCUCGCACGACUGGAAGCGGGCCGCCGGCGCCGCGCCAAAGCCGCGCGUGACGCUCUCGAGCGCCGCGCGGCGACGCUGCUGCAGCGGCGCGUGCGGGGCAUGCAGACGCGGCAGCGCACGAGGAUCCAAUCGGGCGUGUGGCUCAUCGCGUGGACGCACCCGACGCUGCUCGGAACGCUCUUGCGCGAGGCGUCGGCCGCGACGGCGCGCGUGUUUUGGUUUACUGACACGGCGGACCUUGCGCUCGUCCAAGCCGACUACCGUGCAUACGUGCGACGUGCGGGGCCGGCCAUGACGUUGCGCCGCUUCGAAGGCAACGUUCUCCUUUUGGUCCACCGCAUAUGGGCGAUGCAGCAUCGCAUGGCAGCGCGGAUCCAAGCACGUUGGCGCGGGAUGCAGCUCCGACACGUUCUCCGCAUCUACCUGUGCGAGCUCGGGCGACUGCGGGAAGUGUGGCACUGCUGCGCUGGCCUCAUCCAGCGCAACUGGCGCCGCGUCCGUGCGCGCCGACACUGCGACCAACGCCGGGCGACCGCCGUGCGCCAGCGCAUCGCGGGAACCAACGGCGUCGGGCCGCGCCGGCCACGCCUUCUCCUCGACGUUCGCCGCGUGCGGGCCGCGUACGCCCAGCACCACCGCCGCACCGACAAGGUCGCGGGCUACCUCGCGCACCCGCACGUGGAUCUGCUUGCCGACAACGACGUGCUCCAGACCUUUGCGGCCACAUACGGCGCCGUGACGUCGUCGGCGAUGCAGCGGCACCACGCCGCCCACGUCGACGCGCGGCGUAAGAUUCAUGCGUUUGUGGCCAAGGCGACAGGCCGCUGACACAGAUGGGCGUGGCAUCUGCGCGACCGUCGGUGCCACGCACCAUAUGCAAAGGCGGGCGGCGGAGCUUUCCCCGGGCAAGUAUCUUUCUCGCUAAGGAAGCCCCUUCGAGACCACGCCUCCACCUCCGCCGUCCCCAUGUGGCUGCGCGAGCGGCGCGCGACCCAUCAGAUGGCCAUCCCCCGCCCUAGCGUAAUACCACCACGCAGGUGCCGGUCGUUUCCCAAGCCAACCUCCUCAUCGUGGGUGCCACGGACGACGAAGCAAGCUUGCUUUUGGCGAGCCCACACGAACAUGUCCAUGGACGGUACAUGGUAUCAUGGAUCCAGCCGGCGAGUGGGCAGUGCCUGGCGUCAGCCAAAUGCUGCGAUAGCAGCAACGCAUCGAACAUGCGCAUGCACCAGUGGAAGAUGGGCUGCGAGAUGCUACGCCGCAUGUCUGUCGUUCGAAUGCACCCACGAUCUUCUCGCACAACUGCACGACUCUCGGCGCGACCUUAUUUGGCUGCCACGUCACGGUCUUGAGACACACUUGAUACAUUUUCUAUCAUUUGAGACGAAAUGGAUAAAUGCUCGAUCCCGUAAAAUUCCACGGACGCGGUCUG